AUUUUCUGCCGCUGCAUCUCGCGAUUCAAAUGCUCUUCAGACGGCAACGGCGACGAUGACAGUAAGGGCGGUGCAACAGAUCUCUACCGGCCGGAAUGGCGUCGGUUCCUUCAUCUUGCAAUGCAAGAAGAUGAACUUCCAUUACUGCGACUGGGCAGGAAGUUCAAAAGGCAUGAACGGCUUCAUCAAGUCUCUCCUCCCCAAGUUCGCCGCCGCCAACCCGCAAGUCGAGUUCACCGUCUCCCCACGACCAUCCAAGCACCCCGUCAUCGUUGCUCAGUACAUCAACGGCCGCGAGAAGUCCAUCUGCGUCCGUAAUAUGGAGCCGUACGAGAUCCUCAAGAAGGCCGAGCUGCUGCGCGAUGCCAGCGGCGAGAAGAACAAGAGGGUCACCAAGCCGGUACAGAGCAUCAACGAGUCGGUCAGAGGUGUCUGGUCCCCGUACCAUGGGAACGGGCUGCAGGUAUGAAAGGGUGGAAUGGUUGUGGUGUGGGCUGUAUGAAUGUGUACAUGGUGCAAUGCUUGCUUGUAACAAUACGAAUCCUUAUACCUCACCGCUUGGGAAUCGGAGUUGGAGA